CCCGCCCGAUGUAUGGGUGAUAUACUGCAGCGGGUGUCAGGGUGAGGGACGGCCAUAUUUGCCGGUGCGGCCCGAGCCGUCAACAACAAAAAGUGCGCGGGAGCUCGGCGGGCGCACGGACGGGCGCACGGACGCCGGGGCCGCCUCGCCGCCGCCCGGCCUCGCCGCCGCCGCCGCCGCCGCCCUCGCGGCCCGGGCCCCGCGGCGCCCCGGCGCGCCCCGCCGCCCGGGGGGAUGUCUUACAAACCGAACUUGACCGCGCACAUGCCCGCCGCCUCCCUCAACGCCGCUGGGAGCGUCCACCCGCCCUCCACCAGUAUGGCGACGUCCUCACAGUACCGCCAGCUGCUGAGUGACUAUGGACCACCAUCUCUAGGCUACACCCAGGGAAGCGGGAACAGCCAGGUGCCCCAAAGCAAAUACGCUGAGCUGCUGGCCAUCAUCGAAGAGCUGGGGAAAGAGAUCAGACCCACCUAUGCGGGGAGUAAGAGCGCGAUGGAGAGACUCAAACGUGGCAUCAUCCACGCGAGAGGACUGGUUCGGGAGUGCUUGGCCGAAACGGAGCGGAACGCCAGAUCCUAGCUGCCUUGUUACAGUGGAAGGUUUUCCAGCUUCUUGCAAGACAGAAAGUUACAGUUCACCUCCCCUGUUCAGAUGAAACUCUUGUUUUCAAAAUGGUAACAGUUUGAUUUCUCCUCCGCAAACCCCUCUCAGGGUUCACUAGGCUCUGAACCUAUGGUCUCUAAGAUUUGAGAAAAGAUUUUGCAGUUGACUAGGAUUUACAUUUUAAAUAGUUAGGAACUACCCAGGUUUUUUUUCUUUUUUUAAGCAUUGGUUCAAAAGAUGCACGUAAGUUACCUGUCUUACAGCAAACUGUAGUUUGCCUCCAAGACACCAGGGUCUCGCUUUCAUCUUCUCUUCUGAAUACGUUUAUGUUACCCAGAUUCUUUGUUCCUUGCACAAGUGACUACAACUCUACGGGAUUUGUUCUCAGCAUUCUGACAGCACGCUUUACUUAGUAGCCGGAUGGCCCCGUUUGCCAGACAGCGUAGAUUCUGCUUAAUGUAACUUCUUUGCUUAAGCAUUUGCAUGACUGUUAGUGCUUUGAAGUCAAUUUAAAAAAUGCACAAGUUAUAAAUACAGAAGAAAGAGCAACCUGCCCAACCUAACAAGGACCCCCGAACAUUUCCCUACUAAGACUGUAAUAGAUUUCAGUUCUGCCUUUCCUGUAAGUGGAUCCAAACAUCGGGAAGAAAAUGACUAAAACUGUUUGCAUCUUUGUAUGUAUUUAUUACUUGAUGUAAUAAAGCUUAUUUUCAUUAACAA